AUGGCGAACGAACAUCUUGAUUGCUCACCCAAUUUCGUCAUCCAACCUCAUUCUUGUCUCCCCGCCCUACCGGUGGGGGAAUCCUUUCAAAAUCUUCCCAGAGUUUCGAAAAAAGCGCGCGGAGGUACCGAUGGGGUUUCUUUAAGGACAAUCCGCCCCAUUCUCUUAAAAGAAUUUCGUGUUCUUUUCGGGUCGGUUACAAAGUCGAGGUUUGCAUUCGGAUUAAAAGCUCGUAAGGAAUUAUUUCAUGGGACGGAAUGACGAGUGGAAGUUUUGGGGGUGGGCAUUGGAGGUAGGCCGGGGGAAAACACUAUUUUGUGGGAUGUAAUUAGACGUGGAAAUUUUGGAAUGGGAUUUUUGGUGUGUAGGUCGUUUGGCAGUUUGAUUUACGAUGUUUGAGUAACAGAUUUAGCUGAAAGUUAGCGCAAGAGAGAAUUCAUUUUAAAGGUUAUAUGCUCUAUUGUAAUGCUUGCGCUUUGCAGAAGCCAGCGAGAUUUUUUUGUUUUUUUUUUUGUUUGGAGGUGGGCUAAUUGUCAAGUCUUCCCUGAGGACUUCAGGAUUGCUUUGUUUCCCUUUUCAAAUCUGGCGGGUACAUGGCCAAAAGCCUGCCUGACAUGGUGCUAAGAACAUGAAACAUACAGGAUGUACUAAAUUACACUGAAAAAUUUUUCUUUUGCAAGUUCUGGCACAAAAAACUUUAUUAUAGCCAUCGUUGACUGUAGUGUUGAAACAUUAAUUUUUGAGUAAAAAAGGUCCUCUUACACUCCGAUCUUUUCAUCACAACUUUUCUUUAUCAGUACCCUACGGUUUGUUCUACAAGGCGCGCCAAUAAAGCCUGGACAAAUAUUUUUGCUUGCCCUAAAAACUGUAACAUCACAAAAGCAAAAUAGGCAAUUGUGCAAACGUGCAGUGUGUCCAAGAAUAUAUCUAUACAGAGUUUACAUAGUAUUAGUUCCAUUGCCAUCGUUUCCACCGUACUAUGUCUGACCUUGAUUCCAAUUUGACCGCUCACCAGUUAUGAGUGGAUGUUUGGUUAUACAUUUCGCUGGUGUCUAUGAAAUCCUGUUUAUUUACCUUCUUGCACUGUGGACUGUAUCGUGGAUUAUACGACGAAAUUAAUCACGAAUUAAUCCUAGACUAAAAAGUUCACGUUUUAAUGUUUUUCCAAGCUUUUUGAGGUUUUUCGGAUUUGUCAUCAAAAGCUUGUACCUAACAUAUAUGUAUUUGUAGAAUAAGGAACUCAAAAUUCUCUUUUCGUACAGUCCGUUAAAACCGAAGAUCUUUUUUUUACAGCAUAUAAUAUAAAUUAUUACAUCUAUUUCUGCUCGCUUUUCCCAUAAAUCUUUUUUGAGCCCUACCUUCUGGCCAUUGCGCAAUCUCCGAAAGAUUCUUUCCCACACAACUUGGCCAAAACAUUUUUUCAUUGAGAUUUGAGAAUGCUUCCGAGCCCGGCUCAUCCAGGAAGUAGCGUUCUGCGGGCUGAAACUCCCAUUGCUUCUCAAAAACAGUCCCAAAUAAAGUUUAUAAUUAAUCCUUUUUAAUCAAAAAUUAUCCGCGCUUAUUUUAUGUAACUUUUUUACCAUAGAUUGCAAUAAAAAAUCUCUUUCUAGAACUUGGACAUAACCAGCUUCCGUCCACAUAUGGUGCAUAUCAAUUCUACGGCUAGCUUCUAACCUAUCAACGCAAUAACAUAUUCAUUAUGAGGACUUUGUUUUUAAUUUUAUUUUUCUUUCUUAUUUCAACAAAUGGGUCAACAGCUUCCACAAAUUCAUCAUCAACUUUGAUAUCGAUAAAAAAUCAAGGAGAGAAAUCAUCGACGAAUUCAGAUACGGCGACAAAAUUAACGUCAGAAGCCUCCAAAAAUGGGAAAGAAAGGCCGCAUUUAAAUGUGAUCAAUUUCAAUUUUCAUCAUGCCGAAUUGCCAAUUUUUUUGUCCGCCGCCGCUGUUGGGAUCAUCAUCUUCAAGUCGAUGUAUUACGCGUUCCCUCUGUUGAAGGGAAUCAUCCCAGAUUCGUCGAUGAUGCUGCUGGCUGGGUUGGUGGUUGGCGGUUGUUUGCACAUGUUCUUCCCGGAUCGGGUAGGAUUUUUUAGUCAUACAAAAUUUUUUUUUCAUCAUGGGAAAAAAUGAUUUUUUUUAUUUUUAAAACUUUUAUGUUAUUUUGAAAAAUAAUUUUGCUUUAUAAAAAUAACGUAUUUUACAAAAAAAACAACUGAAAAAUUUUCUAUCAGUCUGUCGGAAAAAUAACGGCGGAUUGUCGCAUCAAAAUGUCUCGCCUCGCCGCUGUCGCGCACCAAAUCCCAAGCCGCGGCUUGCAGUCGCAAAGCGAUGAUGGGUGAUUCCGAUGCGCGGCUAUCCGCCGUUAUUUUCCCGACAGACUGAUAGAUGGGCCAAAAAGUCUUGACAUGUCUGCACAGCGCGCGUCGUGCGAGAAACUUGUCCCGCGGCGACAGACAAAAUUCACGGUGGACUGCGAACCCGCACAGUGCAAAAAGAUUGUUUUGAAAAACGUAAACAACGCACAGUGCGCUCUUCUUUCGCACCCCGCCGAAUUUUUAUCGCGCGACACCUUGUCGUUCAUGCGCCCGCACGGUGCAAAAACAUGUCAAGACAUUUUGGCCCGCCUAGCAUAGAAAUUUUUCGAAAUUGAAAUGGGGAUAAAAAAGUUGCAAAUUUUUGAAGGUGACGUAUUUUACAUCAAAAAAGCCGGAAAAAAUCUACAAUGACUUUUAACAAUUUUAUUUUUGGACUUCAAUGCUUUCAAAAAAUUUUUUUCAAAAUUUUUAGGAAUUCCGUCUCGAGCCAACAUGGUUUUUCUGGGGAAUGUUGCCGAUGAUCGUCCUGGACGCCGGAUAUUUUGUGCCAACGAAAGAUUUCGUGAAUAAUAUUGGAGCCAUCACUUCGUUUGCCGUUUUUGGAACUUUGUCCAAUAUUUUUUUAACCAGUAAGUUAAAAAUAAAAAAAAAAAAUCAUAAUUUUUUAGGUGUUCUCCUCUACUUAUUAAAAGCCCAUUUUUCACUGUUUCAAACCGAAAUGUCAAUAACGGAUAUUCUGAUUUUCUCGACGUUGAUCUCAGCUGUAGAUCCGGUCGCUGUGAUCAGUGUGUUUGAAGAGAUUCAUGUGAACCGGCAGCUUUAUAUUCUGGUGUUUGGAGAGAGUCUGCUCAAUGACGCCACUACUAUUGUAAGCAUUUUUUGAAUGAGCGACAUUCGAAUUUAAAUUACUGAAAUUAAAACGGAGUAAUUUCUAAAAGAAGCGCAGAGAGUUGUUCCUGCAACAGAAAAUAUUUGUAAAAUACGCAGUUUCGUCUAUUUCUAAAAUUUCUUUUCAGGUAUUUUACAACACCUUCCAAAUGUUCAAUAUUAUUGGUGCUGAAAAUAUUGUGGCAAUGGACAUUUUCCGAUGCAUUUUGUCAUUUACAGUCGUUUCAUUUGGCGGGAUUUUUACCGGUAUCAUCUUUGGCGCUCUUACUGGACUAAUGACAAAGUAAGUUGUUUUUUAGACAUUUGGGAAAUAAAAAGAAAAAAAUUUUUUAUAAUCUCUGUACGAAAUUUAAAUAUGCAAAUUUUUUUCAAAUUGAAAAUUUAUCCCAACUCCAAAAAAAUUAGCCAAUCAAAUUACUUAAUUUUUUCAAAAAAUCUUUUUUUUCAGACUCACUCGAGGAGUUGAAUUAUACCAACCCCUGACUUGUCUCCUCUUGCCCUAUUUCGCAUAUUCCGCGGCCGAAGGCUUCGGGGUCUCUGGGAUUUUGGCUCUUACCUUUUGUGGACUUACAAUGAAAAAUUACCUCGCUGUGAAUGUAAAGGACUCGUCAUUGGUUUCAUUCAAUUACAUGCUCAAAACACUCUCUUCAUUGUAAGUUUGGAGGUAGACUACGGAAAGAUCUAAUGUUUUCUUCGCCUUUAUAUCAGCGUUUUCAGCUGUGAGACCAUGAUUUUUGUCAUGCUCGGAGUAUCAGCGGUCUCCAGGCACCAUGUCUUCGAUUUUUGGUUCAUUAUGGCCACGCUGUUUGCAUGUUUGGUCUUUCGAUUUAUCAGUAAGUUUUUAGUCAUCACCGCACAUACUUCAACUUGAUACGAGAUAAUAUAAAAAUUGUCUAUUUUAGCCAUCUAUUCCAUGACGUACUUCCUGAACAAAGGUCGGGAAGAAGUGAUCUCCUUGGUCGAUCAAUUUGUCAUCGCCUAUGGCGGCAUUCGCGGAGCUGUUUGCUACGGUCUUGUUGUGGCCUUGGAUAUAAAUGUAGUCCCAGCCAGGGAGAUGUUCACAACAACAACUGUGGCCAUUAUUUUGUUUACUUCUUUGGUUCAGGUACAAAUUUGUAUUAAAAUUUGUAUAUUAUCAAAAUUUGCAUAUUUUUAGGGAGGUACCAUCAAAUGUUUGGUGAAUAAGUUGAAAGUAAAGCAUGCUGAACCAGAAGAAAAAACGUUGUUUGAAAUGGUGAUGAAUGAGGUAAGUGGUUGUUGAUUCGUGUAUUUAUACUGUGAGUAAUACUGUUUUUAGACGGUAACCAAUAUGAUGGAAGGUCUCAGCGCGAUUGCCUUUGUGCAACCGGAGAAAAAGGUAAACCGAUUUCUAAGGUUAUAAAAUCAUUUUUAAGUUAUUUUACGCUAUGUAAUUUUUUCAGUACAAAAUUUACUGGCGUCAAUUUACCAAUUGGACCAAUCGUCAUCUUAUGGUGGAUGGAAAAGAAUACAACUCCAAAUGCCGGAAGAUCGUCGCUCACUCCCAACAAAUAAUGAUCUCCGAAGCUGUUUCGCAGAUCAAAAAAUUCGGCUCGUAUCGAUUAUUGCCUUCAUAUCCGUCCAUGAACACAAUGCCCACUUCUCAAUCAGUCCCGGCCAACAUGAAUGAGCAAAGCGAAGACUUGAUGGAUGACAUCACUUUGAGGGUGCCCCAACCCGAUAAUAUGGUCAGAAUCAAAAUUGAGGAUGCUGAUGGGAUGGGAGAUCGGAAGAAAUCGCUUAGAACGAUUUUCAAGGGGGCUGUGCAGGAGUUCCCGCAAGAGGUAAGGAAAAAUUUUAAGAAUGCAAUUUUAAAAAAUAUUAUAGCUAAAAAAUGUCGGAAAAUGUAAAAAUUGAAGUAAACUUUAAGCUAACCUUUUACUGAAGGCAAAUUAGAAAGCAUCAAACAAUAAUUUGAAUCAAGAGAGGUAAACUUCCAAAACUUGUUUUUGCACUGUGCAAAGAAACCUAAUUUUUGCACUGUGCGCGGUCAAAAAUAGGCUAAAAUUGGGGUUGCACAGUGCGAUGAUUUCUGUUUUUCGCACAGUGCAAAAAGUUUUUCGUAAAACACUGACCGUAAGGUCGGUUAUUAAAUUUUGUUGCCACCAACGACUUUUUGAUGCCUAUAAUAAGAUUUUUUGCGCCAAAAGGAAAGCUUUUCGAAGCCAAUUUGAGACAAAAAUAUUUUUUGUUUUUCUACAGAACAAUUUUUCAAAAAUUUUCCGACUACAUAAUGUUAAAUUUCUCCUUUUUCAGAAGCCCCAAAUGUACAGUCGUCAUUUUAUGCAAGAUCUGCGCCGAAUUCCCUACGAACGUCCGCUGACUCCGUUAUUUGAAGGCGAUGAAGACGAGGAUGGAGAAGGCUCGAAGAAUAAUUACUUGACCUUCCCAAACACCGAAAAUGAUUUCCUCGAACUAAACACAUUCAGUGUUCCAGUGCCAAAGAAAUUGAGUAGUAAUGCGAAUAACCGACCGUCAAUUCUUCCGGGACAACGUAAGGGGGUUUUUUUGAAGUCGAAAUUUGAAAAUCAGUUAUUAUCUUUGUGUUCGUAUUUUACCUUUCCAUAAAAUCCAAAAAAUCACCAAUUUUUUCAGCCACCCGGCCCCGAUUUGAAGUAAAACUGGUCCGAAGCCGGCCCCAAUCCCAUCGUCGCCGCAAUAGUUCGACAGGUCCAGAGGCCGAACGUCUCAUGCUGGGAGCUCCUCAACGAGAGACACGUCAUGAAUCGUUGAGAAGAGGCUCAACUCCCAACAGAAACUCCUUAUUACAUCGACCCAAAGUCAAGUUCGCCAUUGAGGGGGAUUCCCCGUGA